UUGUAACACGAACCGUAAUUGCAAUUGGACCCCUUCUGCUACCCUAUUUUAUCUGUAGUGGGUUGGAGACAAAUUUGUGGGAAGUUCAAAUUUGUGUUCCGGAAUUUCUGAAUAGUUGUGGCAAUUGUCGUUAGUUGCUUACAAUUUUUUGGUUUGCACUCUGGUUUCUGUAUUGUCUUAUGGGGUAAUGAAAGUCGGACUCCACGAAAUAUAGGGAGGAAAAGGAAUGUUGUGAACAAAGAGAGUGCGAAGAAGACAAUAGCAAGUGCAAGCACCUUAUUGAAAAUGGCGAGGACUGGGUUGGGCACAGAGGCCGUGAUAGGUCUCUUGACAUCUUCAAAGAAAAAGAAAGACUACAAAUUGACGAACAGGCUUCAGGAGGGCAAGCGACCUCUCUAUGCCAUUGCUUUUAAUUUCAUCGAUUCCUCUUAUUUCACCAUUUUCGCCACAGCAGGUGGAAAUCGGGUUACUGUUUAUAAGUGUCUUGAAGGAGGGGCCAUUGCAGUUUUGGAGGCAUAUGUUGAUGAGGAUAAGGAAGAGUCAUUUUACACUAUAAGCUGGGCUUGCAAUGUGAAUGGUUCGCCAUUAUUAGUAGCAGGUGGUAGCAAUGGGAUAAUUCGAGUUAUCGAUGCUGCAAAUGAAAAGAUUGACAAGAGUUUUGUUGGGCAUGGAGAUUCUGUGAAUGAAAUUAGGACACAAUUACUUAAACCUUCUCUUAUUGCAUCUGCUAGCAAAGAUGAAUCUGUACGUCUAUGGAAUGUGCAAACUGGUAUAUGCAUUUUGAUAUUUGCUGGAGCUGGGGGACAUCGAAAUGAAGUUCUGAGUGUGGAUUUUCAUCCCUCAGAUAUGUACCGUAUCGCAAGUUGUGGCAUGGACAAUACAGUCAAGAUUUGGUCUAUGAAAGAGUUUUGGACCUAUGUUGAGAAGUCAUUUACAUGGACCGAUUUGCCUUCAAAAUUCCCCACAAAAUAUGUGCAAUUUCCUGUUUUUAUUGCUGCAGUUCAUUCAAACUAUGUGGAUUGCAACAGAUGGCUUGGGGAUUUCAUUUUAUCAAAGAGUGUUGACAAUGAAGUAGUGUUGUGGGAGCCAUCUAGCAAGGAACAAAGUACUAGUGAUGGAGUUGUGGACAUCCUGCAGAGGUAUCCAGUGCCGGAAUGUGAUAUUUGGUUUAUCAAAUUCUCAUGUGAUUUCCAUUACAAUUCAAUUGCAGUUGGCAACAGGGAAGGAAAGAUUUAUGUCUGGGAAUUACAGUCAAGCCCUCCUAAUUUGAUAGCUAGGUUAUCACAUAAUCAGUGCAAAUCUCCUAUUAGACAGACUGCUAUUUCUUAUGAUGGAAGUAUCAUCCUUUGCUGCUGUGAAGAUGGUAGCAUAUGGCGCUGGGAUGUAGUUCAGUAAAGUGUCCAAUUUUCUGGACAAAAAUAUAUCAUUACAGGUUGUGCGUGAGAUUUUGACAAAAAUCGAUUAAUUUUCUGGUUGAUGCCAUGAGGAAUCCUAAUGGUGUUCGCAAUUUUGAAUCUUUAUUUCUUUUGCAAACGAUAAAUUCAAUAUGUUUAUAUAACUUUUUGGUCUUUCUUUGACUAUAAAAGAAAUAAAUAAUAUUGAAAUCUUUAUAGAGUUGAGCCAGACUGACUGUUAAGGGGUGCUCACUGUGUUGAAGUCUUGAGUUGGAUCACUGGUGAGCUGGCCUAAGACAUUGCCUAGAUAGAAUUUGAGCCGGUAUACAUGUAGCCUUGACAAUAAUUAGAAUCUAUAUGGUAAGAGCUAAAGAUCCAGUUGUGAGACAUGGAUAUAUUAUGUGGAAAGUCUUCACUACAAGUAAAUGAAAUUGCCUCUACUUUUUCUCAAAA